AUGUUUGCGAGAUUUCAGUAUUUAGAUGCCAAUCCCCUUAAUUCUACUAAAACCUCAUCACUUGAUGUAGCAUUUGUUGCCGCACCACCCUUCAUGAAAUCCAAUGAUCAACCCAAACAAAAGCGGUACCAGCAAGUUCUUGAGUGGCCGAAUGGCGGAAAAAUGGCCAAGAAAAGUGGUUUUGUGAAUAAUCGAGAUGGUAUAAUUAAGGAGAAUGGGAAUGUUGAGGUGAUUUUGAGGUCUAAAAAUGACAUAAAUGGUGUCGUCGAGAAAUUGCAUGCCCAUUGUUCACCGGAAAAUGGUGGAAAAAGGGCUGUAUUUAAGAAAGAUAAAGUGAGCGAAAAUGUUAUUGUGAAGAACCCAGGUGGCAGAAUGGAGAGUAAUGGGAAAACUAGGGGUGAAAUGAGGUCAAGGAAUGUGGGGGAGAAAGUGAAGGUCAAGUGUUCGACGAAAUGGGGGAGAUAUGGAAGGUCUAUUCGUUCAAUGUUGGAAGCAUUGCAGACUGUUAAUGAUUUGGAUGAGGCUUUAAAGCCUUGGGAGAAGAGCUUGACUAAUAAAGAAAGAAGCGUAAUAUUGAAAGAGCAGAUGGAGUGGAAAAGGGCAUUGCAGAUCUUCGAGUGGUUUAAAAGAGAUGGUUGUGCUGAAGUUAAUGUGAUUCAUUACAACAUAAUGCUUAGGAUUCUUGGGAAAGCACAGCAGUGGGGUGAGGUUGAGAGGUUGUUGGGUGAAAUGGGUAAGAGGAAGAUUGAGCUGAUUAAUUCGACUUAUGGAACUUUGAUUGAUGUGUAUAGCAAAGGCGGGCUUACAGAGGAAGCAAGGAAGUGGUUGAAGUUGAUGAGUGAAUGUGGGAUGGAACCGGAUGAGGUGACCAUGGGGAUUGUGGUUCAAAUGUACAAAAAGGCAGGUGAGUUUAAGAAGGCCGAGGAGUUUUUCAAGAAGUGGUCAUUUACGUGUAAAGUGGAGGGUAGAAAUGUUAUGUUAGGGGACGAAGGGAUUGUUGAUGGUGAUUUUGGGGCAAAUGUUCGUUUGAGCGCUUAUACUUACAACACCUUGAUUGACACGUAUGGAAAAUCUGGGCAAGUGAAAGAAGCUUGUCGAACUUUUGAAGAUAUGCUCAAAAGGGGAAUUUUGCCAACCACGGUGACUUUUAAUACAAUGAUACACAUGUAUGGGAACAAUAGCCAGCUAGAUGAAGUUGCUUCGUUGAUGAAAAAAAUGGAACAAUUCAAAUGCUCCCCUGAUACUCGAACUUACAAUAUUCUCAUUUCCCUACACGCAAAGUACAAUGAUAUAGAAAUGGCUGCAACAUAUUUGAAGAAGAUGAAGGAUGCCUCUCUUGAACCUGAUGCUGUCAGUUACCGCACCCUCUUGUAUGCAUUCUCAAUAAGGCAUAUGGUUGGUGAAGCAGAAGAGCUGAUUUCGGAGAUGGAUGAAAGAGGAUUGGAGAUUGAUGAAUUUACCCAGUCGUCUUUGACUAGAAUGUAUAUAGAAGCUGGGAUGUUGGAAAGCUCAUGGUCAUGGUUCGAGAGAUUUCAUCUUGCCGGAAAUAUGACUUCAGAGUGCUACUCUGCCAACAUUGAUGCUUUCGGGGAAAGAGGGCAUAUUUUGGAAGCCAACAAAGUUUUCAGUUGUUGCUUAGAAGCAAAAAAAAUGAGCGUCCUUGGAUUUAAUGUGAUGAUCAAAGCUUAUGGCAUCAGCAAGAGAUUCGACCAGGCAUGCCACAUCUUUGAUAGUAUGGAGAAACAUAGUAUAGUUCCUGAUAAAUGCAGCUAUAAUUCACUUGUACAAAUGCUAGCUGGUGCAGACAUGCCAGAAAAGGCAAAAUUUUAUGUCAGGAAAAUGCAAGAGGCUGGAUUGGUGACUGAUUGCAUUCCGUAUAGUGCUGUGAUCUCGAGCUAUGCAAAAUUAGGUAAUAUGGACAUUGCAGAGGGAUUAUACAAGGAGAUGAUUGGGAUUGGCUUAAAACCAGAUGUUGUUGUUUAUGGUGUUCUUCUAAAUGCUUUUGCUGAUACCGGGAGUGUAAAAGAAGCUACUGGUUAUAUUAAUACCAUGAGAGACCUAGAUAUACCCAUGAAUGCUGUUAUAUGUAAGUCUUUAAUCAAGCUUUACACAAAAGUAGGAUAUUUGAAAGAAGCACAGGAAGCAUAUGUCAUGCUUCAAUCCUACGAGGAAGGUCUAGACGUAUAUUCGUCAAAUUGUAUGAUUGAUCUCUAUAGUGAGCGUUCUAUGAUUUCACAGGCUGAAGAGAUUUUUGAGAAUCUGAAGAGAAAAGGGGACGCGAAUGAGUUCACCUAUGCUAUGAUGAUGUGUAUGUACAAGAGGAACGGAAGGUUUGUGGAAGCUUUUCAGAUAGCACGUAAGAUGAGAGAACUACGAUUUAUGACAGACUUGUUGAGUUAUAAUCACGUGCUCGGGCUGUAUGCAUCGGAUGGGAGAUUUAAAGAGGCAGCAGCCACUUUUGACGAGAUGCUGAAGUCUGCCGUCCAACCUAAUGGCUCGACAUUCAAAUCGCUUGGAAUUAUUCUCUUGAAGUGUGGAGUUCCAAAGGAUGCUCUUCGUAAACUUGAACUCAUGAGGAAGAAGGAUGUUCGGAGCGGCCUGCAAGCAUGGACCUCGACCCUUUGUUCUGUGACUGGCAUGGACAACGAUACUGAUGUUUGUGCUGAUGAUAUCUAG